CUCCGCGGAAGACGGCCGAGCUCUGCACCCCGGCCUGGCCCGCCGCACCCUGCAGGCCCGGCUUUCCCCUGCGCGCUCCGGGCUGGGCGCGGCGCGUGUGCGGAGCCGCCGCGGUGACACGGAACGCCGGCCGCCCCGGGCCGGGGGAGGCGCGCGCCAAGCGGCGACGGCGGGCUGGCCUGGCGCGCCGCGGCACUCGCUCACCGCCUCCCGAGGAAGGGCAGCGGGCCCUGCCGCUGCCUCCCGAUGGCGAGGCUGCGGGAUUGCCUGCCCCGCCUGAUGCUCACGCUCCGGUCCCUGCUCUUCUGGUCCCUGGUCUACUGCUACUGCGGGCUCUGCGCCUCCAUCCACCUGCUCAAACUUUUGUGGAGCCUCGGCAAGGGGCCGGCGCAGACCUUACGGCGGUCCCCCCGGGAGCACCCUCCCGCGUGUCUGAGCGACCCCUCCUUGGGCACCCACUGCUACGUGCGGAUCAAGGAUUCAGGGUUAAGAUUUCACUAUGUUGCUGCUGGAGAAAGAGGCAAACCACUUAUGCUGCUGCUUCAUGGAUUUCCAGAAUUCUGGUAUUCUUGGCGUUACCAACUGAGAGAAUUUAAAAGUGAAUAUCGAGUUGUAGCACUGGAUUUGAGAGGUUAUGGAGAAACAGAUGCUCCCAUUCAUCGACAGAAUUAUAAAUUGGACUGUCUAAUUACAGACAUAAAGGAUAUUUUAGAUUCUUUAGGGUAUAGCAAAUGUGUUCUUAUUGGUCAUGACUGGGGAGGCAUGAUUGCUUGGCUAAUUGCCAUCUGUUAUCCUGAAAUGGUGAUGAAGCUUAUUGUUAUUAACUUCCCUCAUCCAAAUGUAUUUACAGAAUAUAUUUUACGACACCCUGCUCAGCUGUUGAAAUCCAGUUAUUACUACUUCUUCCAAAUACCAUGGUUCCCAGAAUUUAUGUUCUCGAUAAAUGAUUUCAAGGUUUUGAAACAUCUGUUUACCAGUCAUAGCACUGGCAUUGGAAGAAAAGGAUGCCAAUUAACAACAGAGGAUCUUGAAGCUUAUAUUUAUGUCUUUUCUCAGCCUGGAGCAUUAAGUGGCCCAAUUAACCAUUACCGAAAUAUCUUCAGCUGCCUGCCUCUCAAACAUCACAUGGUGACCACUCCAACACUACUACUGUGGGGAGAGAAUGACGCAUUCAUGGAGGUUGAGAUGGCUGAAGUCACAAAGAUUUAUGUUAAAAACUAUUUCAGGCUAACUAUUUUGUCAGAAGCCAGUCAUUGGCUUCAGCAAGACCAACCUGACAUAGUGAACAAAUUGAUAUGGACAUUUCUAAAAGAAGAAACAAGAAAAAAAGAUUGACUUUUCUUUAUCUUCUAUGAAGGGUCUGUAAUGAAAUCUCUAAGUAAUUUUAAAAAAUUAUUCAUCAACUUCUUUAUGUUUUAUUCGGAAAAAAACUGUUUUAAUGUGCUUUAUCAUAAAUAAAUAUCCUGACAAAAUGGUAUUGAAAAAAAUCUGAGAUCGUGUUAACAUGUAAUACAAUGUUGAUUUUCUUCUGGUGUAUUUUGCACAGACAAGCAUCUGCCUUAAAAUAUAUACACUUGUACAAAAAGGAAGUUUGGAGUAAGUGGCUCCGUUUUGGUUUCUUGCUUUUUUUCACUCUGUUAACAUAUGGUGCCUUUUACAAAUGUAUAUUAAAGAUUAGCUGUGCUAUAUUGUAAGGCAAACCUGCAAUGAUAUAAAUUUUCAUUCUAUUGUUCAAAAGUUCUUUUUACUACUUUUAACCAUUAAAAAGUUAUAUUA